CUCAAAAAUCACUUCUAUAAUAACUAAAAACUCUACUUGUAGAUCUCGUGAAUUUAUAUCUGUUGGUAUAAACAUUAAAUUAUAUAUGCAGAGAACUGAGUUCGAACAAUGAUCAUUUUAUUUAUGCUUCUUAAAAUAAAAUUUCUAACCACUAAUCUUAUUUAUAACAAAAAAAAAACUCAAUAUGUUAAUCCAAUCACUAUGGUUCAAGGGAGAUAUCACAAUUAAAGUAGAAUUCUCUGAUGUGGUGGAGAUAACUCAUGGAAAAAAGAAAAACACUUUCUAGUCAAAAAAAUAAAUUAGAAAGCACUUUAUUUCUUCCACCUCCACUUAUAAAAAGGCCACUCCACCCUUCCACUUGAAAACCAACCAAACAUUCUCAGCUCACACAAAAACACAAGAAUCAACAAAAAAUGCCUUCAUCUUCCACAACCAUAGUUUCAAAAUGCACAAUCUAUCCAAACCAAAAAUCAUCAAUAAAACCCUUAAAACUCUCUGUUUCUGAUCUUCCAAUGCUUUCAUGUCACUAUAUUCAAAAAGGAAUUUUACUUUCUACACCCCCUUAUUCCUUUGAAGACCUUAUUCAAACCCUCAAAACCUCUCUUUCCAUCACUCUCUCUCACUUCCCUCCUCUCGCCGGCCGACUCACCACCGACUCCGACGGUUACAUUUACAUAACUUCCAACGAUGCCGGCGUCGAUUUCAUUCACUCCAAAGCCAAACACUUAACCAUAAACACCGUCGUUUCACCUUCUUUGAUCGAUGUUCAUCCUUGUUUCAAAGAAUUCUUCGCUUAUGACAUGCCGGUUUCUUACUCCGGUCACCAAAACCCUCUCGCCGCUGUUCAAGUCACUGAACUCGCCGACGGUGUUUUCAUCGGUUGUACUGUUAAUCAUUCCGUAACCGACGGUACUUCUUUCUGGCAUUUCUUUAACACGUUCGCCGCCGUCACUAAAGGUGGCGGUGGCGGCGCUGUCAAGAUCUCGAAAUCUCCGGAUUUCAUAAGAAACACAAUCUUUAACUCCACCGCUGUCCUCCCUAUCCCCGCCGGUGGUCCCACCGUCACUUUCGACGUCGAUGAGCCUCUCCGUGAACGUGUCUUUCAUUUCUCUCGUGAAUCCAUUCUCAAACUUAAACAGAAAGCAAACAGUAACAGCAACGGUAACGGUUUAACAGAUCCAACUGAGGUAAUAGCAAAACAAGCAAAUGACAGUUGGAAAAACGUUAACUCUAACGGCCACGUUAACGGAAGCGUUAAAUCUAACGUGAGAAACGAGAUCUCGUCGUUUCAAUCGUUAAGUGCACAGUUAUGGCGAUCAGUGACACGUGCACGAAAAUUAGAUUCAACCAAAACGUCGACGUUUCGUAUGGCCGUAAAUUGUCGUCAUAGAUUAAACCCAAAAAUGGAACCGUUUUAUUUCGGUAACGCGAUACAAAGUAUCCCAACCGUUGCUUCAGUUAAAGAUAUUUUAUCCAACGAUCUAAAAUACUGCGCUGGAUUACUACAUCAAAACGUCGUCGCACAUGAUGACGCUACGGUGCGCCGCGGAGUAGAGGAUUGGGAAAAUAAUCCUAGGUUAUUUCCACUAGGGAAUUUUGAUGGUGCUAUGAUAACAAUGGGUAGUUCACCUCGUUUUCCUAUGUAUGAUAAUGAUUUUGGUUGGGGUAUACCUUUGGCUAUAAGAAGUGGAAAAGCUAAUAAAUUUGAUGGGAAAAUUUCAGCUUUUCCUGGUAGAGAAGGAAAUGGAAGUGUUGAUCUUGAAGUUGUUUUGAAACCUGAAACUAUGUUUGGGCUUGAAAAUGACAUUGAUUUUAUGCAGUAUGUUACGGAUGUAGUGUGAAAAAAAUAAGGGGUGUUUUGGUAAAAAGUUGAGGAUAGUGUCUUGGAUUUGGGUGUUUUGGUCAACGUUGGUUCAAUGAGGUUGGGUAAAUGUUUUUUAGGGAGUGUUUGGGUGGUUGACCCUAUGGAUAGAUAUUGUAUGGGAUUUUGUUGGCUUUUCACUUUACAAGUGAUUAGUAACAAGAAGGGAAAGUAAUAAUAUUGAUAUUGAUAAAUGAAAAUGGGAAAUUAAAAAAAAAAAAAAAGUUGAAACUAAACUAAGUUUUUGUUGUUUUUGAGCAAAAAAAGAGACAUUUAUUGUAUUUAUUUAUUGGAAAAGUUAAUGUCUAAUGGCUUUUUUUUUUAUUUAUAUGCACUAGUAUGUAUGUUCAAAAGACUAGGGUUACUUCUUAUCAAAAAAAAAAAAAAAAAAAAAAGACUAGGGUUACUUGUGUUUGGGUUUAACCCUAAAGAAUAUUAAUAUAGUGAUUUAGAUUUGAAUUUGAACUUGGAAUUACAUAAAAUAUCUUGACAAUUGAACUAUUAGGCUGAAUAAUGGGGAUAUUGUUUUCAUCUUCUAAACAGACAUUUUAUAAAUGCAUAAAAAAAAUCAAAGAUAUUGAAUUUAACAAUAAUAUUUUGAGGUUUGAAUAUUAAUUUUUUUAAUUUAAUUGAAGGAUAAAAUUGAAAAAGAUAUUAUGCAAACUUUUAGUUAAUAUAGUGGUACAUAGGUAUAGGUUGUUUACUCUCAUGUGACAUCAAGAUUUUCAGAAUUGGUUCAAAACACCAAGCUGUUAGAAGAUGAGAGUACAUAGUGAACUAUUAUAUGUUUAGAAGAUGACAUAUAAUCUUGGAUAUUACUAUGCACUAUAUUUGCAUACUAUUAAAUUUGGAGGAAUAGAAACAUGAGAUUUUAUAAAAUAUUAGGAAAGAUAUUUGGGUUGCGGUUAAUAGCAUAAUCUUUUAUCAUUCUUCCAUCCAUACACUUGACCCCAUCAAUAUAUACUGUGUGAUCCGUCAAGUCCGUUGGAAUCCUUUCCUAGGAGACUUUAUUAAAAUAAAUGUAGAUCGCUCAUCUUUAGACAAUCAUGAUAAUGCAGGUUUUGAAGGUCUUUUGAGAAAUGAUAGGGGCAAUUGGCUUCAUGUUUUUUUUUUGGAUCCUUUGUUAGAACUUCGAACUUAUUGGCUGAAUUUUCAACUAUUUGGAGAGGUUUUCAAUUGAAGUGAGAUCUUGGCUACCGAUCUAUCAUCAUGGAAUCAGAUCCUCAGGCAGCCUUAGAUCUUAUUGUUGAUGCUAAGCAAAAUGACUUUCAGCUCCGUGCAACAUUAUUGUCUUUUGUUCAGAAGCUCUCUUUUCUUUUUUGGGUGGUUUUCUUUAAUCUUAUCUUGAGUUAAGACAAUGAAUAUGGCGAUAUUAUUGCCUAGUUUUGUUCUAAUUUUAUCUUAAUUCUUUUUUAUCAAAAAAGAAAAAUUCUCUUGAGGUUAUUUUAAUUAAUUAAUAUUUGUGUGGAGAUAAUGAUAAAAUUGAUUGAGAAUGAGGAUAAAGUUGUGGAUAAAGAAUAUGAGAUAAAUGUGUGAGCAUAUAGAAUAGAAAAUUAAUUAAUAUAUUAGUUAUAGAAUGUGAUGUGAGAUUAUUAAACCGCCAGAGGCCACACAGAAUGGCCAAGCUAGCUUUUGUGAUGCUCUGUUUUAUUUGAACAUAUCCCGUGGUGUAUUAUUUAAUUGUUGUGACAAUUUCCAACAUGGACGCAACAUCUAUGGUGUUAAAAAUUACUCUCAUCCCCCACUCAGAUUGUUUACAUGAGAUAUUCGAUUCUCUUUUAAUUUAAUUAAUUAUUUGAUUUGUAUUCAGAC